GCAGCGAUCAGUCAACGGAACGACAAUAACAAACGCGUGGAUCUUUCAACGUGGUUGUGAUAAAACUUCCAUUAUUUUUUGGAAUCACAAAUAUGACAGGGGCACAGAAGAAAGUACUGAGGGUCCUCUGUCUCCAUGGCUAUAGGCAGACUGGUACUAGCUUUCGUGAAAAGACAGGGGCAUUCAGAAAGUUACUGAAGAAGAGGGUGGAAUUUGUGUUCAUGACUUCACCACUUGUAGUGCCUCCAUUGGAAGGCAGUGAAAAUGAAGAUGGGGGCUCUGGAUGGUGGUUUAGUCGUCCUGAUGACUACUUUAGAGCUCAAGACGAAUCAGAUUGUGUUAAAGGUUAUGAGGAAUCUCUUGUUGCUGUUGAAGCCCAGUUUCAGGAAAAUGGCCCAUUUGAUGGGAUUUUAGGAUUUAGCCAGGGGGCAGCUAUGCUAGGGCUUAUUUGUGGUCUUCAGCAACAAGGGAAGCUGAGCUAUUCUUUCAAGUUUGCAAUAUUUGUAUCUGCAUUCAAGUCAAGAUCACUUCCCCACCAGCACCUUUACAAAGAAAAAAUCACUAUACCUACCCUACAUGUCUUUGGAGAAACAGAUCAGGUAAUUCAAAAGCCAAUGAGUGAGGAAAUCCUUGAGUACUUCCAUGAUCCCCAAGUUUUGAUGCACCCUGGAGGUCAUUUCAUUCCUGCGACUGGAGCGCAGAAACCUGCAUACUUGAAGUUUUUAGAAAAUAUGUGUGAGAUUUUGUGCGAAGACACGUUAAUCCUCACAUACAUCUCCUGUGCUUGCAAUGAGAAAUUUAAUAGGAAACUUCCAGUGCAAAAGUUCCUUGAAGAAGGUAGUAAAUAG